AUGCUCAUCCACAGUAUACUCUCGACAGCGAUUGCUAUCGCAGUCUGCUCUUCCUCUCUUCAGGGCGCCGAGGCUUCGGCUGCAUCCAAGGCACUCAAAGGAUCUGACUUUGCAGCCACCAUUGCAGAAGGAGCAACGUUCGUCAAGUUUUAUUCACCAGAGUGCAAGCACAGCCAGAAGCUCGCACCUACAUGGGAGAAGUUGGCGGUGGAACACAAGGACUGGCAGAGAACAAAGGGCUUUAAGCUUGCGGAGGUCAAUUGCUUAGCCAAUGCCGAUGUCUGCGAAGACAAUGAUAUCGUAUCCUAUCCAACCAUGCAGUACUACAAAGGCAAGUCGGUUACAAAGUAUACGAAGGAGAGAACAACCGAGGCCAUGAACGAAUUUGUUGCUGCGAUGGCGGCAGAGUACAUCAAUGUGCCCAACAACGUCAGUGCCGACGAGGUCGGCGAGGUCAAGGUCAAUGCUCUCGGCAAAGUCGUUGUCUUGGACUUGGAGAGCUACGACAGGAGAACAAAGUUCGGUCCUUGGUUGAUUGAAUACUAUGCACCAUGGUGUGGUCACUGCAAGGCUUUGGCACCAAUCUACGAGCAGCUCGCGGAAGCCAUGAAGGACAAGGUCAACGUCGCCAAGGUCGACUGCACGCAGAACGAAGACAUUUGUCGACGAGAGCGUAUUCGUGGUUACCCCACUAUUAAACUUCACCAGCACGGCCAAUCGAUCGAGUUCAAGAAACAACGCUCUGUUGAGGGCAUGUCAGAGUUUGCUCUCGGAGCCAUUGUGCCCUCGGUCAAGCCCAUUACGGCAUCUGAGCUGAAGGAUAUUACAGACAAGAACGACGUUACGUUCGUUUACAUUCAUGACUCCAAGACCAGCCCAGAGAUUACUGCUUUGAUCGAGAAGCAAUCGCAGAUCUACUAUGAGCAGGCCACCAUCUGCUCAUCAGACGACGCCGAGCUAGCUCGCCACCUUUCAGUGUCUGGCACAGGAUUGGUCGCCUUGAAGAACAACCGCCAGUACCCAUACACGGGAUCGCUCACGGACGCCAGCGCUGUUCAGGCAUGGAUUGCAGAGACAAAGACACCUCUCGUUACUACACUCACCAACGAGAGCACUGGUCCAGUUCUGAGCCAGCCUGGCUGGAUCGCACUCGGUCUCUUUGACCCCUCCAAUCAAAACACAGUCGCCGCUCGACGUGAGCUGAUUGAGACUGCUCAAAAGUACCACGACACUCUCGAGGAGCGCAUCUUGAUCGGCGGCAAACCCUUUCGGUUUGCAAUCCUGGAUGCGACCAGGUGGGAAAACUAUGUCCGAGGCGCCUUCAACCUUGACCAGAAGGAUCUGCCAGCGGUAUUGGUGAUCAACAGCCGUGAGGAGAUCUUUUACCCCUAUGCAUUGGAUGGUCGUCGCGUGCCGGUUUCUCAGGAGGCUUUGCUGACGUACAUUGCGGAUAUCGAGUCGGGUGUUCUGGUUCCCAAGUCGAUGCUGUCGGCUGCGCAGAAGGUGUUCAGGUAUCUCCAGGGCCGUGUUAGGAUCGCAACGAGGUUUUCUGGUGAGCACCCGAUGAUUGCAAUGUUCAUUGGUUCGGCGUUUGUGCUGGCUAUCAUGCGCAGACUUGGAACCAAGAAGACUGACGAGGAGGAGAAGAAGGAGGGCGAGAGCAAGGAUAUCAAACAGGAUUAA